AUGAAACCUCUUCUUCUUCUUCACCAAUCUUCCAUUUUCAUAUUGUUGCUCACUUUCAUCAUAUCAUUCAAUAUUCCAACAUCUCUUGGUGCGAAUGAUGAUAGCAAGUAUACAAACUGCACUAAAACUUUUAACUGCGGAGACACCAUCCCUGCAAACCUCAGGUACCCUUUUUGGGGUGGAGAGAGACCACAGUAUUGUGGUGAGCCUCACUAUGAGCUCACAUGCGACAACAUUGUCCCCAAGAUCACCAUCAAUUAUGUCACAUACAGGAUUCUUGCUUUGGACUUGGCUUCACAGAAUCUCACUCUCGCGAGGGACGUUUUCUGGAAUGAUACUGACUCACCCUCUACAUCUUGUUCAAAUGACUACAUGAACAACAGCACCUUUGAUCCCUCUGUGUUUAUUAAAUAUGAUGAUGAGGUUGUUGAAGUGUCGCUGUUAUACGAUUGCAACACUGUUCCACCAAGUUCAGGUGUUGUUCGAACCUGCCUUGAUGAAACUCUCUAUUAUGCUCCCCAGUUUGCCUACUUGGGAGUUUGCAAGAUGAUUAUUGUUCCCGUGUCUGACGCUAUAGCUGCUUAUGACCCCAGUUCAAUUCAGAUACUAUUAGAUGAAGGUUUCAGGUUGCAAUGGAUCGAGAAUAAUAAUUAUGAGUGCGACACAUGCUUGAGUUCUCAAGGGGAGUGUGGUAAUGAUGAAGGAGAAUUCAAAUGUUUCUGCAAGGAUGGACCUCAUAAAACUUCCUGUUCAGACUCAGGGAAGGCUUCAGGUAAAAGCAAGUGGAGCAAUCUAGCUGUUGGACUAGGUGCAUCUAUUGCUGGAGUUGUAACAUGUAUUGGGUUUAUUAGUAUAGUGGAAAAGAGGAGAAAAUUUCUUGACCACAAUGUUGAGGAUUUCUUAGAAAGUCAUGAUUUUUUGGCGCCAAAGCGAUACAGUUAUUCGGAAGUGAAAAGGAUCACAAAUUCAUUCCGUGAUAAAUUAGGCCAAGGAGGAUAUGGUGUUGUGUACAAAGCAAGCUUACCUGAUGGCCGUCAUGUGGCAGUGAAAGUAAUAAGUGAGUCCAAGGGAAAUGGAGAAGAGUUCAUAAAUGAAGUUGCUAGCAUUAGCAGAACAUCUCAUGUGAACAUUGUCUCACUUUUGGGUUUUUGUUCUGAGAUGAAUAAAAGAGCACUAAUCUAUGAAUUGAUGCCCAAUGGCUCAUUGGACAAGUUCAUCUACAAAAGUGAUUCUCCAAAUGCUAUUUGUAAUUUGGACUGGAACACGUUGCACCAAAUUGCAAUUGGCAUUGCUCGAGGACUAGAAUACUUGCAUCGAGGAUGCAGUGCAAGGAUUCUGCAUCUUGAUAUCAAACCCCAAAAUAUCCUCUUGGAUGAAGAUUUUUGCCCAAAAAUUUCUGAUUUUGGACUAGCUAAAUUAUGCCAAAAGAAGGACAGUAUUGUGCCCUUAUCAGGCACAAGAGGAACUAUAGGGUACAUUGCCCCAGAAGUAUUUAGCCGACUAUAUGGAGGAGUUUCUCACAAAUCUGAUGUAUACAGUUAUGGCAUGUUGGUUAUUGAAAUGAUUGGAGGAAGAAAGAAUUAUGAGAGUGGAGGGUCACAAGCCAGUGAAAUGUACUUUCCAGACUGGAUUUAUAAGGAUCUUGAGCAAGGCAAUAUUCCUGCAAGUUGUUUGGCCAUCUCAGAAGAAGAAAAAGAUAUGGUAAGGAAGAUUACUUUGGUGAGUCUAUGGUGCAUUCAACCAUAUCCAUCAAAUAGGCCAUCAAUGAGUAAAGUAGUAGAGAUGUUAGAAGGACCACUUGACUUAGUGCCAUUUCCUCCAAAGCCUGGCUUGAUUUCUCCUCAAAGGCCACCCUUACAAAUUUCAGAUAUAUCUUCUGGGACAAAUUCAAUGACUACAUCAAAGGAUGGGUUCAUCGAAUCAAAUGUUUCCUCCUAAGACAAAAAGGUAAAUGUGAAUGUGAUGUAACUUUCGUUAAUGGUUCUUGAGCACCCUUUGCAUGUCCUUUUUGUCAAACUUCAAAACCUGUAAUAUACAUGUAGUCAGGUAAAUUGCGAGGAACUAAUAAUGCCUUUGUAGAUCUGAGAGUUUUCUUUGGGCCUUCGAU